AUGUCAAGUUUCAACUUAGUAAAGGAGCUCCUACCCGCUAAGAAAGCGUGGAAGCGUUUCACCCAAAUAUUCCAAUCAAAAUUACAUAAUGUCAAGAUUUCAAAACCCGUCAAGAAACUAACCCAUCGCCUUAAAUCUAUCCGCUCCAUCCGUGGCUUUAUUCCCCGGAAAGUAUGUGCUCGCGCCUUAUGUAAGUCUCACUGUGACCAUCACCAUCACUACUCCUACAAUCACCACCAACUUCAAAAGAGCUUUGCAGCUAUAUAUGUGGAGGACCUCUUUGAAGGGCCUAAGCAAACCAACCAACCUAAGGGAACAAGCAAGGCCAAAGAAAUGGGUUCAACAAGUAGUGCCAAGAUAAUUGAUCAUGAGAAGACUUUGAGAAGAGAGAAAAAGGCAAAUGAGACUAGCACAAGUGGUGGUGUUGGUGAUGCAUGGAAGGGUAUUGAUGAGAGGGCUGAGGAAUUCAUCUCCAAGUUCAGGGAGGAUAUGAAUCUUCAAAGGGAGCAAUCUAUCAUUAAUUUCCAGGAGAUGUUGGCUCGAAGUGCAUAG